GAUGACUUGACUCAGUCCAAGACUUAUGUAGCUUCAAGGCCUCCCGUGAAGGGGAAGCAGAAGCAGAAGAGCCUGUUUCAAGGACGUGCUAAAGUUUCUUCUUCUAGAGGAGAUUUUGGGUUGUAUACAUCAAACCUGGGAAAAUUUUAUAUUGAAACCUUCGCAUAGACUUCAUGAUAGAAUGCCAAAUUGAAGUGGGCAGAAGCAGUGCAUUGCCUUUGGGACUUUGCUAGUAGUUAAGAGGGUAGUAUGAUUAUGCAACCAUAAUUCCACGAAUAUAAAUGAUGAGAACCCACAUCAAGAAAAAAUGGAGAAGGGUAGACUGGUUUAAAGGCAUUGUUGGAAACUGUUGCCAUGGAAAUGUGGUCAACAGCGAAAAACUUAAGGGUAUUAGUGCAAAAUCUUUUGCCUGUACUGGUUUAGAGAUUUCCAUUUAUGGGCUGUAUGAGCAUGUGCUUGUUUAAAUGUUUAAGCCUACUAAAAAGUUAUGUUAAGAUCAUCCAUUGUCAACACAGCAGUGAUGGCACUUGGCCACAACGAAAUUGAAGUCAUCAGUUCUGUUCUUGAUGGGUCAUAAGAAAGAAGAACUGUGUAAAGGAAAGAAGUUAACUCGAUGGUUCACGUCAUAUUUUUCCAAGGAUAUUAACCAAGUUAUCAGUGAUGUUUCUGCGAAUAUUGAGGAGAGUAGCUUGGAAGCUAGGACACUUGACAAAAAGGAACAAGCAGGAAGCAAAAUUUUCAAUGAUGAGAAUUAUCUAAAUGGAAAGCAAUCUUCUUUGGAGAGUUUAAGCCGGAGUAAAAUGCCAAAGGGCUUAAAAAGUUUUUCCCAUGAGUUAGGACCAAGGGGCAGCAUUCCACCUGCCUUCCCUCGGGCUCAUAGCUACAGUGAUUUGAAGGAGCUGUUGGGUUCUUUGCAUUCAAGAUUUGAUGCUGCUAAAGAAUUGGUGAAUGCAGAACUGGCUAGUUUUGCAGGCGAUGUCAUGGAUGUCCUUGAGAAAAUUGACUCUUCAUUGCAAGAAGACUUGAAAAUGGGAGAGGAUCUUCUGAUUCUGGCACAGCUGUGCAUGGAGAUGAACUGCUCUCAGUUUCGCAUCAAGUGUCAAAUAAUCGUUCAAGAUCUGACUGAGAAAAGACAACAGUGUCAAACUGGACUACUGAAGUGGCUAUUUACUCGCAUGCUUUUUAUAUUGACACGCUGCACUAGACUAUUGCAGUUUCAGAAGGACACCAAACCUAUUGAUGAGAAAUCACUUUGUAAGCUCACAAAAUGUCUAGAAAGUGUUCCUUCUGUUGAAAUGAGUUGGGUUGCCAAACAUGGGAUUGGUGAUUCUGAUAUUGGUUAUGCUUUAAAUCAGAAAGGUGACAUCAAACAAAAGUUGCAGGGAGAAAAUAAUUUAUCUUCUCUUCCUGAGGCAGUGUGCUGUGGUUCUCAAGAGCUGGAUGAUCUGAGUGGCGUAACUUCCAUAAAGGAUUCUCUGGAACAAAAGUUGCCAUCUCAAAAUUCCAACAAAGAGCCCCUUUUACAACUGCAACAGUUUUGUCAUGCUGAUAAAAGCUCCAUUAGAAAUUCAAUAAACAAUUCUAGUUGUUCACUUCAUGAUCAGAGGCAAUGCUUAAAUGAUUCUCUUCAUGAACAGGAGCGAGUUUUAGAUGUAUCUGAUUCAGUGAUCUGUAGAAUAUGUGAAGAAAUUGUGCCUAUUUCUCAUCUAGAAUCUCAUUCUUAUAUAUGUGCAUAUGCAGAUAAGUGCGACUUAAAUUGUCUAGAUGUAGAUGAACGCCUUUUGAACCUUGCAGAGAUAUUGGAACAGAUUGUAGAGUCACGUAAUAUUGAUGUUCAUCCAUCAUAUAGCCCUGAAAAUUCAAGAACACAAACUGUAAAUUCUGUCACUGCUGAAGUUUGCUCUCCCAAGAUAAGUGAAUGGCGAAAUAAAGGUGUUGAAGGAAUGUUUGAAGAUAUACAUGAGAUGGAUACUGCAUUUAUAGAUGAUUCUCAUCUAUCCCCUGCUAACUUAAAAGGCCACUUCAGUAUAAAGUUAUGUAAUAAUGGUGCAACCUCCUCAACUGGAAGCAUGACAUCAGUUUCCUCCACUAAUACCCCAAAAGCUGGCCAUUUUGUUUCCUUCUGGUUAGAACAUAACAAUCCUUCAGAGUUAGAGGACAUCCAACAGAUGAUUGACCUUGCAGACAUAGCCCGCUGUGUGGCAAGCACAAAUCUCUCAAAGGAAGGGUCAUAUGAGUUUUUGCUUGCUUGUAUGCAAGAUCUACAGGAUGUUUUACAUAAUAGCAAGCUCAAAGCUCUUGUAAUAGACACUUUUGGGGGUCGGAUAGAGAAACUUCUGCGGGAAAAGUAUAUACUUGCUUGUGACAUAAUGGAUACUAAAAGUCCUGCAAGUGACGCGAAACUUAAGGAAAAUUCUAGACUUUUAUUCGAUAAUGCAUCUCAAAGUAGUGCAACGUCAACUCCUGUACACUCAUCACAUAAAGAAAGGACAAGCAUUGAUGAUUUUGAAAUCAUCAAACCAAUAAGUAGAGGUGCCUUUGGGAAAGUCUUUCUGGCACGCAAACGGAUAACAGGAGAUUUAUUUGCAAUUAAGGUUCUCAAGAAACUGGACAUGUUGUGCAAGAAUGAUGUUCAGCGCAUAUUAGCAGAACGUAACAUACUAAUAACAGUUCGAAACCCAUUUGUGGUUCGAUUUUUUUAUUCCUUCACCUGUAGCGAUAACCUCUAUUUGGUUAUGGAAUAUCUCAAUGGAGGUGAUCUAUAUUCUUUGCUGAGAAAAGUCAGUUGCCUUGAGGAAGAUGUAGCCCGUAUAUAUAUUGCAGAACUGGUUCUUGCUUUAGAGUAUCUCCACUCUCUUGGAAUUGUGCAUCGUGAUCUGAAACCAGACAACAUACUGAUUGCGCAUGAUGGGCACAUCAAGCUUACAGACUUUGGGCUGUCAAAAAUUGGCCUUAUAAACAGCACCAUUGAAUUGUCAGGACCUGAGAUGGAUAGAAAUAAAGUUUCAGGUGCUCAUAGCCCACACACUCAACAAGCAGAAGACAGAAGUCGGCACUCAGCUGUUGGAACACCUGACUAUCUUGCACCUGAAAUUCUUCUUGGGACUGAGCAUGGUUAUGCUGCAGACUGGUGGUCUGCGGGAAUAAUUUUAUUUGAACUUUUAACUGGAAUACCACCCUUCACUGCUGAGAGUCCUGAGAUAAUUUUUUACAACAUUCUUAAUAGAAAAAUCCCUUGGCCUCCUGUUCCAGACAGCAUGUCUUACGAGGCCCAAGACUUCAUUAACAGGUUAAUUACUCAUGAUCCAAAUCAACGCUUAGGAGCGAAUGGAUCAACAGAGGUUAAAUCACAUCCUUUUUUCAGAGGAGUGGAUUGGGACAACCUUGCAUUGCAAAAGGCCGUCUUUGUACCUAGCCCUGACAGUGCAGAUGACACGAGCUAUUUUGUGUCACGAUUUUCUCAAAUAUCUAGCGGAAUGCCAAAUGAUCAAAAUAGUAGCUGUUCUGAUACUGAAGAUUAUGGCUUAUCCUCAAAUACUGGAGACGAGAUGGAUGAGUGUGGUGACCUGGCAGAGUUUGAUUCUUCUCCACUCGCCUUAAUAAAUUUUUCUUUCAAGAAUCUGUCACAGUUGGCAUCUAUUAAUCACGACGUGCUCUUACAAACCGGGAGGGAUUCAGGAAAGCAUUCUCCCUCCAGAGCUCCGGACACAGAACAUAUUUAACAGGUAAUUUCGGUACAAUGAUUACGUGCUAAGAAAAUUAAAAGAAAGGGAUAAAUACUCCUCUCUGUGCGUGUGUGUGAGACAGUAGGAGAGAGCUCAUAGCUUUAGUCAUGUAAAUAAAAUGAUAAAAUAUUUUUCUUUGUACAGAAAACAAUAAAAUCGAAGGAAAUAAUAAUAGUCCUUUUUCAUUGUAUUA